UCGUACGAGAAUAAAAAUAUUUACUGCGGUGGAUGCUCAGCUUGAAUACGCGCGACCCCCCAUACGAUUCUCUCUCUCCCUCUCUUUAUUUAUUCAAAAAUGAUUCUCUCUUCGUCAACCGCAAGAACUCGCCUACAUAUAUGCGUACACCCUUGAAUGUGUAUGUAUAACCUCUGACUGACGCCUUCAUCUCUCUCUCUCUCUACCAAACUCUUCGGUUUCUCUCUCUCUCCUGCCGUCGCAGCUCAUCUGAUCGAACAUGAGUCUCUCUGUUGCCCAAGGUUUCACGAAGUCGCUUGCCAUGACGGUGCUCUCCGAGAUCGGCGACAAUACCUUUUUCGCCGCGGCGAUCUUGGCAAUGCGCCACCCCAGGAGACUUGUUCUGUCAGGGUGCAUGACAGCUUUGAUUGUGAUGACUAUUCUUUCUGCUGUUGUUGGCUGGGCUGCUCCAAAUCUGAUCUCUCGUAAAUGGACUCAUCACGUAACAACUUUGUUAUUCUUCGGAUUUGGGCUAUGGUCUUUAUGGGACGUAGUUAAAGGAGAAGGGGAGUCUGAAGAAUUGGCUGAAGUUGAAGCCAAAUUGGAUGCUGAUUGGAAAGCUAAUAAUGGAAGUGUAAAAGAGCGUAGCAAGGCUGAUGAUGAUUUGAAAAAGGAAAGGCGGCAACUUCUUACUCAGUUCUUCUCCCCCAUCUUUCUUAAGGCAUUUUCCAUUACAUUCUUUGGCGAAUGGGGUGACAGAAGUCAGCUAGCUACCAUCGGUUUAGCUGCAGAUGAGAACCCAUUUGGUGUUGUCCUUGGUGGAAUCUUAGGGCAAGCAUUGUGCACUACUGCUGCUGUCCUGGGAGGAAAGAGCUUGGCAUCUCAGAUAUCUGAGAAAUAUGUUGCAUUCUCAGGUGGUGUUCUUUUCAUAAUUUUCGGAAUCCAGUCCUUCCUGUCAUCUGUUGAGUCAUGAUAUUGUAACAUUGCUUUUGAUAACAAGGGACACCCGCGUGAAGCGUGACCAAAGGAGACCCAUACACUUAAUUAUUGGGAGCAUUCUCUUCCAUUGCCGUGAAGGCCUUAUAUUUGUAAUGAAGACAGCCAAAUGACCUGAUAGAACUGCUAGUUAAGUGCUAAUUGCCUAAAGUUGACACCAUUCAAGGUCCAGGCAAUGCCUGCUUGGCAUAUUGGCGUGUAUGAAAUUUUGUUCUGCCUGCUUGUCAUUAGAUACAUGUUGCUGGCUAUUUGACUAGGAUUAAGCAUCAGUGGGCAUCAUUCCAUGCACCGAAUGGACCAAAUUUUGUUGUGGUUAAUUGAGCGGCCACAUUUUAUUGUUCUCUUAAAGUAUCGGUUCAAAUACUGCA